GUAACGCAUACCCCCCCCAUCCCCCUCUCCCACCCUAGCUGCUGUGCUGCUGUAGAGCAGUUGUGGUUCGCAGAAGUCCUCCGCCCGCUCCGCAGGCGCCUCUCCUAAUCCUUUACACCUCACACGAGCCUCGUGGAAACUCCAGCGAACCGACCAACCUACGAUGGCCGACCCUAUCACGGGCUUGCGCAAGAUCAGAAUUACAGUUAUUGCGGCCGAUGGACUCUACAAGCGCGACAUUUUGAGGUUCCCCGAUCCGUUCGCCGUGGUUACAGUCGACGGAGAGCAGACGCACACAACGUCAGUGAUACGGAAGACACUGAACCCGUAUUGGAAUGAGUCCUUUGACAUUCAUGUAACCGAGUCCUCGAUCAUUGCCGUCCAAAUCUUCGACCAGAAGAAGUUCAAGAAGAAGGACCAGGGCUUCCUUGGAGUUAUCAAUAUAAGAGUUGGAGAUGUGCUGGCACUGCAAGUUGACGGAGAAGAAAUGCUCACGCGCGACCUCAAAAAGUCGAACGAGAACCUGGUCGUACACGGGAAACUGAUUGUGAAUCUCUCCACCAACACAGUUGCGCCGAUCAGACAACCUGCGGCGAACCGUCCGACGCAAAACCUGGCCUUGCCCAGCUCGAGUAGCAACGGAUUACCUUCGCCGGCGAACGGUUCACUAUACAGCGCGGAUGUAGGGUCACAGCUCUCGGUGGCAGCGGCAAGCCCAGCUACCUCUCGGAUCCCGCCAAAACCCAACUUCCCCGGGCAACCUCCGCAACAGCCUCAGCCACAACAACCUCAGCUACAAAUGAUUACCGGACAACCGCCCUCUAUCUCCCAACAACCACAACUGCAACCGGGAGCUCUCGUGGUCCAACCAGCUGCUACUGCAACGAACGGCUCCCGUGCUAACAUGAGCUCCUUCGAAGAUUCGCAGGGAAGGCUACCAGCAGGAUGGGAGAGGAGGCAGGACAACCUGGGACGGACGUACUAUGUUGACCACAACACGCGAACCACUACUUGGAACCGACCAUCAACCACCUACAGCGAGAGUGACCAGCGUGCUGCUGUCCAGCAGAAUACCGAUGCUGAACGCGUGCGACACAACAACCGGAUGCUGCCAGUGGAGGACCGGACUGGUGCCAAUUCACCGACACCUUCUACAUCGACGCAGUCGGACCCGCACCAAGUGCCCAGCGGACCGUCGCCUCCGCCCUCCAGCGGCGCAACUUCGAUGUUGGCAUCUGGCGCAACGACGGCGGGCACUGGUGAACUUCCUCCGGGUUGGGAGCAGAGACAUACUCCUGAGGGUAGGAUGUACUUUGUGGACCACAACACUCGGACCACAACAUGGGUAGACCCGCGUAGGCAGCAGUACAUCCGCAUGUAUGGUAACAAUGCCUCGGGCCAGAGUAUUCAGCAGCAGCCUGUCUCGCAGUUAGGUCCUUUGCCGAGUGGAUGGGAGAUGAGGUUAACGAACACGGCGCGUGUGUAUUUCGUGGAUCACAAUACCAAGACCACCACGUGGGACGACCCCCGACUUCCGUCCUCGCUGGACCAGAACGUUCCUCAGUACAAGCGUGACUUCAGGCGGAAGCUCAUCUAUUUCCGAUCCCAGCCUGCUCUGCGAAUAUUGUCUGGCCAGUGCCACGUCAAAGUUCGCAGGAAUCAUAUCUUCGAGGAUUCAUACGCGGAGGUUAUGAGGCAGACACCGCAGGAACUGAAGAAGAGGCUAAUGGUCAAAUUCGAUGGAGAAGAUGGUUUGGAUUAUGGUGGAUUAUCACGAGAGUUCUUUUUCCUCCUAUCGCAUGAGAUGUUUAACCCGUUCUACUGCCUGUUUGAAUAUUCCGCCCACGAUAAUUACACGCUUCAGAUCAACCCCCACUCUGGCAUCAACCCGGAACAUCUGAACUACUUCAAGUUCAUUGGCCGAGUUGUCGGAUUGGCCAUCUUCCACAGGCGUUUCUUGGACGCGUUCUUCAUCGGGGCUUUCUACAAGAUGAUUCUGCGGAAGAAGGUCGUUCUGGCGGAUAUGGAGGGUGUCGACGCAGAUUUCCACCGCAAUCUCACAUGGAUGUUGGAAAAUGACAUCACCGAUGUGCUGGAUCUUACCUUCUCCACAGAGGACAGUCGAUUCGGAGAGACCGUUACUAUCGACCUGAAGCCCGGUGGUCAGGAGAUGGAGGUGACGAACGAUAACAAGGGUGAAUACGUCGAGCUCAUCACAAAGUGGCGGAUCGAACGUCGGGUGGAAGAUCAAUUCAAGGCGUUUAUCGAAGGUUUCCACGACCUUAUUCCCGCGGAUCUGAUCACCGUGUUCGACGAAAGGGAGUUGGAGCUGUUGAUUGGUGGUAUUGCGGAUAUCGAUGUGGAUGACUGGAAGAAGCACACCGACUACCGUGGAUACACCGAGACGGACGAGGUUAUCGUGCACUUUUGGAAGUGCGUCAGGAGUUGGGAUGGAGAGCAAAAGUCUCGACUGUUGCAGUUCACGACUGGUACCUCGCGUAUCCCUGUCAACGGUUUCAAAGAUCUGCAGGGAAGCGAUGGGCCCAGACGGUUCACCAUAGAGAAGGCCGGAGAGCCGGGACAGCUGCCAAAAUCUCACACCUGUUUCAACCGGUUAGAUUUGCCUCCAUACAAAUCCUUCGAGGCCCUACAAAACAAGUUGUCGAUGGCGGUAGAAGAGACCAUGGGUUUUGGACAGGAGUGAUCGUGAUCGGUUUGACUAUCGGCAGCAACAGUAGUCGUAGUAUAGUUCAUUCGAUUCCACAUGGGUGUUGCGUUUUUUAUUUUUCAUCUUCUUUUUUCCCCUGACUUUCUUUGAUUUUUUUCUAUCGGUAU